AUGGGGUGCCCCGCCUUUGCUGGAGGCGUGCGCGUGCGGCAGCAUGUUAACCCCCUUAAAAAGGAGCUACAAGUGCCCACCGAGCCGCCCGUCUGGGAGGAGGUGUAUGAGCAGCCGGGGCGCCCAAUGGUGCUGGACCUGGGCUGCGGCUAUGGCCGCUUCCUGCUGGCGCUCAGCAAGGCGAUGCCGGGGCACAACAUGGCGGGGCUCGAGAUCCGGGCUCCCAUCAUAGAACGGGCCAACAAGUGGGCGGUCAACCUGGGCCUCGACCGCUCGGUGCUCUUCCUCAGGGGCAACGCCACCAUUACGCUGCAGCACACCCUGGGCGGCUACCCCGGCCCUCUGGACCUGGUGUGCGUGCAGUUCCCGGACCCUCACUUCAAGGCGCGGCACAAGAAGCGGCACACGGUGCAGCGGCAGACAGUGGAGGCCUUAGGGCGGCUGAUGGCGCCCGGCGCCCGCGUCUUCCUGCAGUCGGACGUGCUGGGGGUGGCUGAGCACAUGCGCGAUACGUUUGAGCAGCACGGCAGCGCCUGGUUUGCGCCCUGCCGGGAGGCGCACGGUGGGGCGACCUUUUGCGCCGCCAGCGAGCCGCCGCCGCCGCAGCAGCAACAGCACGGGGAGCAGGCACAGCAGGGGGCCAGCGCCGCAGGCGGGCAGGCACAAGCCCAGCAGCAGCAGCACCACCACCAGCAGCACCAGCAGCAGCAGCAGGAGCAGCAGGAGGCCAGCGAGCCGCAGUGGGAGUCUGAGUGGGCGGCCUCUGGCUGGUUGCGAGACAACCCGCUGGGAGUGCCCACCGAGCGCGAGGUGCUGACCACGGAGCAAGGCCUGCCCGUGUACCGCCUGCUCCUGCGCCGGACCUGA